CAAAAUAAAUAUUAUUAUCACUUUCUCUUUUUAUAAUGUUUACAAAGUAAUUUUUUUCCAUAAGUAUGAUUUUGUUCAUCUUAUCUGAGUUAUUUAACAUGUAAUACAAUUCUGUCACUUCAAACAGUAUCUUCGCAUUAAUGAUAAUUAACCUAUCUGAAGUAAAUAUAUAAGGUUUCUCAAAACUCAAUAUUCAGAAAAUGUCCCCAGAAACAAAUGGGAUUAACGGAAACCCUCCCAGUGUAGUUAAACGUAAGAAGAAUCGAGAGAAGAAACUACCUUCAAACAAUUUCGAUUUGAAUACCAUGUCAAACUGCAACUAUUUUCCUGUCACUUCUCACCCAUACCAUAACCUCAGCAUUCCAGAUGUUUCCACCUACUACUCCUUCAUAAACUGCUCGAACUCUUCCGAGACCAUGUCCUUGCCCAUCUACCCACCUAAUUACCCAAAUCCAAAUAUGAAUUUCGUGGGCAAUCUUAGCACUCCGAACAACCUAUCCGUACCUCAAAUGAAUGGUGAUGCAGCUGAGUAUCUCAGUCUUCCUCUGGUGAAUAUGGAACAGAAUGAAGAUACAGGUAAAAGGCGUUUCUCUGAUCCGGGCUUGCCAAACGAAAGUGACUCCAGCACCAAUUCACUGGACGAGAGAGUUAUACAUAAACUCACCCAUCAAGUUAAUUUGUUGAAGGACAGUAACAGAAGAUUGUCUAGAGAAGUGACAGAGUUGAGAAUAGAGCUGAAUAUGAUGAAGCAGCAGCAAAUGAGGCAGUAUAAUCGAGAUUAUGAACCGGGAAAGCUAGCCGAUGUUAUAAGGGAGGUGAGAGAUGCAGCUCGAGUUAGAGAAGAUGCGCUUAUAGCUCGGGUGAAACAUAUGAUUGAAGAGAAGCAAUUGAGUUUGAAUCAUAUGCACAUUGUGGCCGAGAAAAAUAAGAAUAAUGAUAGGAUAUCAAAAUUAGAGGAGCAGUUGAAUAAACUAACUUUGACUAGUCAAAGAUCUGAAGAAUCUGUUGGUAACAAAGGAUCUGUUAAUGAAGAAGGAUCUGGAACUGCGAGACAAGUUCUCGAAUUAGAAAGAGAGGCCCUGGAGUUGAGAAGAGAACUUCAAGAUACAAGAGCCAAAAAGGAAGAGUCUGACAAGAAGGUGUUACAGUUGGACAAAAAGCUGUCUAAUCUCCUGCGUCGCAACGACAUUAGCAAUUCGGAUAUUUCUGAUGACGGAAAAACGGCUUCCAUCGACAGCCUUAGCAUCGUAACCACGUCUUCGUAUUCCCAACCAAGCGCACCCAGGGUCACUUUAUCCGGACCCGUGACUGAUCUGUAGCUCUCUUUUCUACCAUAUGAAUCGAUAUUUUCGACAUGGUAUAACUUUUAUAAGUGUUUGCGAUAGUAAAUACUCCAUGGCUAUGUACAUUGAGAAUGUAUACAGUCCAAGGUCGCAUCGAAAACAAUACUUUUGCUAGAUUUUACUAAACACAACACAUGUUUCGCUAUACGUUAGCCUCUUCAGAUAUGACUGAUUGUAUUAGUCAUCUCCAAGGUUAUAUUAUAGCGAAACACAUGCUUUACUUUAGUAAAUUGGCUGUGCCAAAAACUCACAGCAAAUCAUUUUCAUUUUAUUCGUCACUGAAAAUAUUUUUCAUCUGAGUAAGAACAAACAUUAAAAUGCUAUAUUUUAAACCUGGUAUGAAGCCCAUAUACGAGGAUAGUCCUAGUACCCUUCCUUUUAUAGGUGAAUACAAUAGGCUAUUAUUAUAGGUCAAUACUCGUUUUAUAGUGCUGUUCAUUGUAAGCAGGAUUCCGUUUAUAGUGAAUUUAGUAUAAAUUGCAAACUUCUAAGAACUGCAGAGCCACUAUUAUAGAAAACCUAAUAUUUUGCUAAUAGAGCAUGUAGGCACUUGAAUAUAUGCAUACUUGCUAGUUGAAUUGCUCCGGAUUGCAGGUGAACUAUUUUU